CGACCGCCUCGACUGAACUCUACACUAUAUGUCGCAAGUCGCACACGCGUUAUCUACUCUCGGAAUUCGGCAGACUCUUUCGCUUCAAAAAUAUUUCACGAUGCGCCUUCCAUCGGACAAAGCGACUACAGGCCCGAACAAGUGCAGUCACUUGACGCGGAACAGAAGACGCGUCAAAUGUCGGCAUGAAAGAGGCAAAUUGACUACCCGAAUGGAUUAGAUUCAGUCAUUAGGCCGAGUGGGUCUGUCCCAGCUUGAUUUCGACACAGGGUCAGUCGUGCUCCUACCAUCGCGACCAUACACCUCUCUUUCUCCCCGUGCUUUGCCUCCAUUCCCAUUCGCUAUCGACGCGAAGCUUAUACUCUGCUGAACGAUGACCUUUGCCGAGCUGCGUGCUUUGCACGAGAUAGUUGGCAACGCGCUCGACGAGAUAGAACGCGUCUACGUGCUUGCUGGGCGGGAGUUGGCACAGGGAAAGUCGGUCACACAGGUUCUCGCGCAGCGUCUUGCCCCAGACGAUCAGGAUGAUCAUGAACAAGAAGAUACCUCUGGUCGCGUUCCAGAGGGGCCGUUACCAUUGAACGGGCAUAGAAAGACAGCAUCGCGUGUUUAUGCUAGUCCACCGCCGUCUCCGGGCCCGGGCCGUCCUAUACGCACACCAGCACCGAGUCUGAACACCUCACCGGCGUCCACUCCCGACUCCUACCCUAACUUUCCCUCCCUCCACAAGCCCUAUACACCCACCUCGCCAUCCGAGCAACUCACCGCACAUCCCCUGGUCGCAGCUGCGUGUUCGCGCAUUGUAUCAGCAUCCUCUCAACUUGCUGCCUCUGUUCAACACCCGUUUCUAUCGCUGUGCGACGCCAGCAUGGGCUACAACCUCCCCAGCUGUUUGCGGGUCUUCGAAGGCGCCCAUGUUGCCGAGAUUUUGAGGGACAAGGAGGAGGGGGUCAAAGUUGAGGAGAUCGAGAGCGCAGUCGGUGCCACAGACGGAAGGAUGGCGCAUAUACUGAGGCUCCUAGCCACCCAUCACAUUGUCCGCGAAACAGCACCGAAUGUCUUCGCUACUAACCGCAUCAGUUCGCUCAUCGAUACCGGGAAGGACCUCAAGGAUCUAUUGUCGCAUCCGGAACGCAAGUACGAUGGCGAUGGAGAAACCAGCGGGAUUGCAGCCUUUGUUGGGAUGUGCACCGAUGAGCUGCACAAGUCCAGCGCGUAUCUCAUGGAAGCAGUCCUCCCUGGCGCUCAGCGGGUGCUCCCCGCUCUCUCCGCAUGCCGACCAACCCCCAGUGGCACGGAAGGCACAGGCGUCGGUGCCGGGCUCAAUAUCGCUGGCGAGAGCCCGACACGGGCACCGUUUAAUCUGGCCUUUGGGUGUGAGGGCAUCGGGUACUUUGGAUGGCUGGAAGGAGAGGGAUUGGCCGGUCGUCCUAACCCUAGUGCCAGUCCACCACCACCACCCCCUGUGCCGAUUGCCCCUCUGCAGCACGCGAGAAUGAGACUAAAGAGUCUUUCCGGUCACUCCCGAAAGAGCAGCGUCGACGUUAAAGCUCUUGCGCAGGCCCAGACAACACCAGCGCCAUCAGAGCCCCGUCCGAAUCCAAACAGUUUCCGUCUGGAGCGCUUUGGCAAAGCGAUGGCCGGGACGGCGAGCUGGGAAUCCCCUGGCUCGGUGUUCCAGGGCUUUGACUGGGGUUCGCUGCCCCGAGGCAGCGUCGUCGUCGAUGUUGGUGGUGGGAUCGGUUCGACGACCAUGUUGCUUGCGACUGCGUUUGCGGGCGCUGAUGGCGAGGAGAAGUCAGACUUUGAGUUCGUGAUCCAGGACAGGCCGUUCGUUGUUGCGAUGGGUGAAAAGGCUUGGCGCGACAAGUGUCCUGAAUUGUUGGAUUCAGGUGCGGUGCGAUUCCAAGUACACGACUUCUUCACACCCCAACCGAUAACGAACGCUGCCGUGUUCUUUCUGCGGGUUGUGCUUCAUGACUGGCCAGACGCUUUCGCUCAGCGGAUUCUGCUCCGGCUUAGAGAGGCAGCCACACCCGAUACGAAGCUCGUGUUGGGUGAUUUCGUGCUGCCCCUCGCUUGUGUGGACGAUUUCAACGUAGCGGAUGGUAGGGACGUCGAAGGCGCAGAGAACCUGACGAUGAUGGCUCCUGCGCCCCUUCUUGCGAACCUGGGCAAAGCCAGUGCGAAUGGGUAUUGGAUGGACUUGACGAUGCAAGUGAUGUUCAACGGCAAGGAGCGGACUCUGAGGGAGAUAGUAGCCCUAGCGCUAUCGGCCGGCUGGCAAGUUGUGCGCGUGAAUCGGCCACCUGGAUGGCUCUUCGGUCACAUCGUGGCUGUGCCAGUCGCUGUCCCGAUACCUGCGCAACGCCGGGCUCGUGCUGGGAGCGGCUCGGCGUUCUUCGACUCCAAACCCAGAGACGAGAAACAGAGCGAUCCUCCGCUCGAGAUCCUCGCAGAGAGGGCCGGCAGUCGAUGCGGCACGCCGACGUUCGGGUCACGCCUGGACUUGCCGUUCUCCUCAGUGGCCGACGCCCGUGCGAAACUCGGAUCGCGUCGGCCAUGGGGUGCUCGCAGUCCCCCGCCGUCUAUUCCACUGCGUGGAGCGGCAAUCCCAGGAAAACUGAUGAAGAAACGUCCAAGCCCACUGACUGCUGCGGCGCCGACGGCAGCCUCUUCGCCGUCACCUUCGAGCACGCCCCAGCCUGGACAUGAUCCUCGUGCCACGAUACUUAACUCGCCGGUGACUCGCAAGAUUCCGAGCUCGUCCAAGAAUCAGAAAAACCAAUUGUUGGCGCCCCAGUCCCCAAUAUCACCACGAUUUACGAUCAGCCGCCGUUCUUCCCUUGCCAGCCUCGCUCAGCAGCAUUCUCCUUCGCCUCCUCCCCCGGUCCCGCCGUUAUUAGUUCCGCCUACUCCGCUUCGGUCCUCCAAUGUGGCCAGCACCGCGACCCCUCCCCGACCGCCCAAAUCGGCGCUCAGGCACAUGCCGUCAUCACCAGUCCUCAAACAAAAGAUCCAACAGCAGCAACCCAGCCCGCCAUCGCCCGUCCCGUCGUCUCGCCUACCGUCGCUGACCCGGAGAGCGUCGCACGCUCAGCUUUCGCCGCGAUCCGAACAGCCCCGGAGUCCUCUUCUGCUGGGACGUUCGCUAGGCGGUGCAAUUGACUUUGGGGCCAUCGGGAGAAAGCUGGGAUAUCUGAACCGUGGUCGGGAGACGGACGCGGAAAGUAGCAGUGUCGAUAGCGAUGGCCGGAACCCUCCGACAUCGUUGCUUGCGGAGGCAGCUACGAUCGAGGGCGCUGUCGGUGCACGUAUACCCUCCCCGUACUCUUAGAAUAUGUUGUGCAGAUUACUCUAACUUACUUACGCUCUCGAUCAAAUGUCGGCAUCGGCCGACUUCUGUACUUGUCUUCGCUCUCCAACCCCUGCCUCAUGGUGAUGGCCCGAACAUGCAAAGACCAGCAGGCACUUGCCUUCCAUUCACCGAGUCUGUGCUCACUCCGUCUCGACAAUGGAGUCCAAACCACACUACCACCCGCUCUUCGAUGACCCCACAUGCGACACCAUCCUCCGCGCACGGGAAGGCACCCUCUUUCGCGUCCCGGGAUUCGUCCUGCGGCGCACAACAGGGCAUUUCGCAGCCACGCUACAGCCGCCAGUUGCUCGGCACGCUGCGCUCCACGACGAGUUCAUCGCACUCGACGUCUCGGCCGGCCUCCUAGCAUGUAUGCUCGCCCUGCUCUGCGGCCUGCCGCCGCCGCUCAAAACCGAGGACACCACCGACGACGGCAAGGGCAUCAGGAGCAUGGACGACGCACAGACGCUGACGGAUCUCCUUGACCUCGCACGCCUGUGGUCUGCCCCAGGCGUGAUAGCGCGUCUGCGGCCCUUCGCGUCGGCCUCGCGGUGCCUGCGCGCGCAGCCGCUUCUUCUGUACGCUCUCGCGGUGUGCGCAGGGUGGGAGUGCGAGGCGGCCGAGGCGGCGAGGCACACGCUUGCGCUGGAUCUGUACAGCGACACAUUUAGUCACGCUCCGGGCCGAAACGAGAACGGAGAGGUCUUGAAGCGCUUGCCGGCCUCUGCGCUGUUGCGGCUGUUGCAUCUGCACCGCCGGCGGCGGGAUGUGCUUGAUCGGCUGAUCAGUGGGGAUGCGGAGGGCGAUGGUGGGGUGAAGCGGGGGGAUGUGUGUGGUCGGUGUAAAGGGUGUGGGACGCAAGCAGACAAUUACCUGUGGAAGGAAUAUCGGACGAGGAUAUUCAUGGAGAUGGACAAGCGCCCACUUGGGGACACCAUCGUCGGCUUCGCAGUGGAAGAAUGGCGCGAGGCGCUUGCGUGUUGGAGCGCAAAGUGUUCAGCACUCAAUUGCGGGCGUCUUCUGUAUGAACGGGACGUGAUUCUCCCCCAGAUCCAGGCGUGCAUCGACCAAUUACCAUUUACCUUGUAAAACUGCGCCAUCAGGUUCUGGUCUCUCGCUCUGCCUAAUGCUACUCGUUGCAUAAGAUCCAACGUUUGAACCCUCUCUUACUUCCGUUGUUUCCUUCU